AAAACUCAUUUGCAUCCAUAAAGGAUCGUUUCAUUCUAUUAAGGUACUUGCAUGACACCGACCCUCACUUACCUAGGUACUUAGGUACAUAUAGAUACUCGACCAUCUCGGAAUAAGCUUCUAAGUUCAUUUUAUGCUUACAUUCCACGUGUUGUACCUAGAUAUUCCAACCCUAAAACACUGGGUCUUCCCACUACCUACCCCACUCUUUCGCAACUAACUUUCUGGAGUACCCCGGUAUUGACUUUCGCUCCGGACAUUUUUUGCCGUUUUGGGAAACAGUACCCAUUUUUACCCGCCUCGCACGGAGCCGCGCUCGCGCCCUAAUCGCCUAAUCCCGAUAUUGAUCCCGGUACUUAAGCAUCAGCCAGUACAUUUCGAAAUCGCGAGAUCUCAGCGCGAGUCCGCAAUUCUUAGCAUCGUAUCGCAUCAUAUUUACUAGUCCAAUCAACAACCCAUGGUUUCCCACAUUACUAUUCGCGAGGCCAAUACUCGCUUCUCUAACAGACAAAGGAAUGAUCCGGGACGAGUCUGCGUUUUUGCGGGCGCUACUAGUGGCAUCGGGGCUAGCACUCUCGAACGCUUAACAUGCGUCCUAUCAUCGCCAACUAUUUACAUCAUAGGAAGGUCGGCGAAGCGUUUUGCCGCUCAACAGGCCAGACUCUACAGUCUCAAUAGAUCUUGCCGAAUUGUGUUCCUCCAAGCCCAAGUUUCAUUGCUUGCUGAUGUCGAUACUGUCUGCAAGAAGAUUGCCAAUCAAGAACGCGCGGUGGAUUAUCUGUUCAUGAGUCCAGGCUUGAUCCCAAUAAAUGGGCCGGAAUACACUAAAGAAGGCCUUGAGAUAUGCUUUGCUAUGUCCUACUAUGCUAGGAUGAGAUUGAUACAUAACUUACUGCCUCUUCUCCGCCGAUCAUCGCAGCCGAGGAUCCUAAGCGUAUUGAACGGCGGCAAGGAAAAACAAAUGCGAGAUGACGACAUUGGCUUGGAGAAACACUGGUCUUCACUGGCUGUUGUUGGCCACUCUUCCACCAUGACAAGUCUGAGCUUCGAUUACCUUGCAAAGCAAAAUCCAAAGAUGGUCUUCUUACAUACGUAUCCUGGCUGGGUUAAAACUGAUAACUUUGCUAGGCUUGAAGCACCGCCAUCUUCCGGAAUAUUGUGGGUGAUAUUCUUGCUACUUCUGCGUAGUCUUACUGGCAUACUAGCAUCCUUGUUUGGAUUUUCGUCCGAGCAGUGCGCUGAGCGUCAAGUAUUUUACUUGACAAGCGAAAGAUAUACUCCAGGCGCAUGGCGUAUUGACCACAAUAGCGAAACGGCCGGGAAAAAUCGUAUGUUAGAUAAAUAUAGACAACACGGUUGGCCAGAAAGGAUCUGGGAACAUACAGCGAGAGUCUUUGAAAAGACUUUGUUUGGAAGUAGGUAGAGCCAAGUACUUGUAUGGGUACCCACUUUGCUGCAGGCAUAGCACCCUGGUCUAGGUAUCUACAAACAAUCUUCAAUCUACCUAGGUAAAUUCGGCUUGGAUAUCCGAUGUAUUAGGUACCCCCCUGGAUUAGGUACUUCGGUACCUAGGUCAUCACUUUUUCAUUGUCGAUUGUGAUAGUGAUUAGGUGGGCAUUAGUCCGGGACUUAAGUACUUAAGUACUUAGGCACCCUGAACAGG